CGGUAUACCAUGGCGGUCGUCGAUCGAAAGUCGCGAAUUUCCAUCGUGGGGGGUGGUCUGGUGGGAUCUCUGGCAGGUUGCUUCUUCGCGAAGAGGGGCCAUUCGGUGUCCAUUUAUGAAUAUCGUACAGACAUCAGAGUGGAGGAUUUUCGCGGUCAGAGCAUCGACUUGGCUCUGUCGGUCAGAGGGCGGGAAGCUUUAAGGGCAAUUGGCCUCGAGGAGGCUCUUAUCGAUCGUCAUGGCAUCGCUAUGCGUGGCAGAAUGAUCCAUAACAAGGAUGGCACCCUUAAGGAGAUACUUUACGACAGUGUGAAAGGAAACUGCAUUUAUUCAGUCAGCAGACGAUACUUAAACGUGGUUCUAUUAAAUGCUGCUGAGAAGUAUCCUAAUGUCAGCCUCCAUUUUAAUAAGAAAGUGGUAGACGCGGAUUUGGACAUUGGGAAGAUGAAGAUACUGGACACGAAGACUCAAACGAUCGAGGAGGCGGAAACUGACUUGAUAAUCGGCGCUGAUGGUGCUUACUCGACUGUCAGAAGAAUAAUGGCGAAGAAACCGCUGUUUAAUUGCAGUCAAACGUAUAUUGAACACGGCUACGUUGAAUUAUUUGUACCCAUUGGAAAGAACAACGAGUACGCGAUGAGUGGUGAGCAUCUUCAUAUUUGGCCACGAGAGGAAUUCAUGAUGAUAGCUCUGCCAAACGACGAUAACACUUUCACUGGCAACAUAUUCGCGCCAUUUUCAAUCCUCGACAAGCUCAAAACCCCGCAACAGCUUCUCAACUUCUACGCGAAACAGUUUCCAGAUCUGCUUGAAUUCAUGGGCAGAGAGAAACUUGUUAACGACUAUUUCGAGAGGGAACCAAAGACGUUGAUUUCCAUCAAGUGCAAACCUUACCACUUUGGAAAAACCACCCUUAUCGUCGGCGACGCUGCUCACGCCAUGGUGCCUUUUUAUGCUCAAGGAAUGAACGCUGGUUUCGAAGACAUCUUACUCUUAGACGAUUUGAUGGAACGUUACAACUCAGACUUCAGCAAGGUCCUUCCGAAAUUCACAGAACUACGAUCUGACGAUGCUCACGCUAUCUGCGACCUUGCUAUGUACAAUUACAUCGAGAUGAGAGAUCUAGUGACAAGAAAAUCAUUCCUCCUUCGAAAACACCUCGACACAUUCCUCCACAGACAAAUUCCAAACACCUGGAUACCAUUAUACAGCACGGUACACUUCUCGCGAAUGAAGUUCCGCGACUGCAUCGCGAACAGGGAGUGGCAAGACAAGAUAUUACGCAGGAUCGCUUGGUGUACAGUGUUCUUGAUAAUCGCGUUGCUGAUGGCUCCACUGCUCGAAGUGUACACAACGAAGGGUGUUUUGUAUUAACUACAGAUAUGCAUUAUACACAACCAUAUAUCGAUAUGCAAAUAUGAACGCAUCGGUUAUCACAAUAAACCUAACUCUCGUCUAACUUCUUCGCUAUUUUUUUCUAUCAAAAAAAUCCUAGAAAUUCCUCAUAUCCUCUAACGCUUAAAUUUCUACAA